CUUCACAACACUCAAUUAGCAAUAUUUAAGCCAAAUAUAUAGUGUCAUAUUAGAAAAGAAAAAUGGACAAAGUUGUUUUGAUUGUGUUUGUGACACCAUUACUCUUGUUCUUCAUCCUCUUCUACAGAAGGAUCACAUGGCUUAGACUCAUCAAAUCUAAACACAUGAAGAAUCAACUUCCCUUAGGCACUCUUGGAUGGCCUUUUGUUGGUGAAACCAUUGAGUUUAUUUCCUGUGCCUACUCUGAUCAUCCUGAGAGCUUCAUGGACAAGCGUCGAAGCAUGUAUGGGAAGGUGUUCAAGUCUCACAUAUUUGGGAGCCCAACAAUUGUGUCCACAGAUGCAGAAGUUAAUAAGUUCAUUCUGCAAAGUGAUGCAAAGGCUUUUGUUCCUUCAUAUCCCAAGUCUCUGACUGAGUUGAUGGGAAAGUCUUCCAUUUUGCUCAUCAAUGGAAGCUUGCAGAGGAGAAUACAUGGACUAGUUGGAGCUUUCUUUAAGUCUCAGCAGCUUAAGGUUCAGAUCACUAGAGAGAUGCAGAACUAUGUCCAACAAUCAAUGACUAAUUGGAAGGAGGAUCAACCUGUAUACAUACAAGAUGAGACAAAAAAUAUUGCCUUUCAAGUACUAGUCAAGGCAUUGAUUAGUUUGGAUCCUGGUGAAGAAAUGGAGCUUCUGAAGAAACAUUUUCAGGAAUUCAUGUCUGGCCUCAUGUCUCUACCAAUAAAUUUGCCAGGAACUAAACUUCAUCAAUCCUUACAGGCAAAAAAAAAGAUGGUGAAGUUAAUGCUGAGAACUAUUGAAAGUAGAAGAGAAUGUGGAAUCUCCAAAGUUCCAAAAGAUGUAGUGGAUGUGCUUCUGAAUGAUGAAAAUGAUAGGUUAACAGAUGAAUUAAUAGCAGACAAUAUGAUUGAUAUGAUGAUUCCAGGGGAGGAUUCAGUGCCAGUUCUUAUGACUCUUGCUGUAAAGUAUUUAUCAGAAUGCCCUACUGCUUUGCAACAAUUGAGAGAGGAGAAUGUGAAGCUUAAGAAACUCAAAGAUCAGCUUGGGGAGCCCUUGAAUUGGAGUGAUUACUUAUCAUUGCCAUUUACUCAAACAGUUAUCACAGAAACUUUGAGGAUAGGAAAUGUAAUAAUUGGAGUUAUGAGAAAGGCUAUGAAAGAUGUAGAAAUAAAAGGGUAUUUUAUACCGAAAGGAUGGUGUGUGUUAGCAUAUUUUAGAUCAAUUCAUCUAGAUGACAAAAACUAUGACAAGCCUUACCAAUUCAAUCCAUGGAGGUGGCAAGACAAAGACACAAGCACUUGCAAUUUCACUCCUUUUGGAGGUGGACAAAGAUUGUGCCCUGGCCUUGACUUGGCCAGGCUUGAAGCUUCUAUCUUCUUGCAUCACUUGGUCACUCAAUUUAGAUGGUAUGCAGAAGAAGAUACAAUUGUGAAUUUCCCCACAGUAAGAAUGAAAAGGAGGAUGCCAAUCUUGGUUAGAAGAGUGAAAUCUUAGAGAAAAUCUAUGUAUAAAUUAACUGACAAUAAAAAACAGUCAAAAUUUAUUUUAUUUAAUAUUUAUUAAUUAAAACAAGUUUUGAUUUUUUUUAUCUUUCUAGCAUUACGAAAAGAAUCAGUAGAGAAAAAAAAGACAAGAUGGAGAAGAAUAGCUAGGAAAGAAAAAAAGGGGGUCCAUAAAGAAGGUUGGUUAAUAUGUACACACGUGUGGGGAACUUUCAUAUAUAAGGUUAAUGAAUUUGUCCCCUUUGCUUUUGUCUUUGCACAUCAAGACAACACAAAACAAAAGGUUUCAUCUUUUGAGGGACCCUCAAUUAGGCAUUUUACUUUUCACUAAUUCUUCUUUCCCAUUUCACCUUGUA